AUGAAAUCUCUCCAAAAAUUACUCAAAAAUAACAAGGAUUUGGGACAUUAAUACAUUGAUUUUAUGUAGCUUUUUGAGAAGAAAUUAAAAACAUGUAUCAUUAAUCACAAUUCGCGUAAAAAUAUUCUAGCUCAAUACAAAUAACAAUAAUAUGUUCAUUCUCCAAUGCCAUUUUUUGAAUCUGAGGAACUGGUGGUUUAUGGUUCAUUUGAGAAUAGUAAUAUUCAUGGAUGUUGUUAAGAAGAAAAAGGAGUAUUGAAUGUUUUACUUUCAAGUGAUACUAAUACUUAAGGUUGCACUUAAUGGUUUUAUUUUGGUAUCAAGAUGCAUAAUGAAGGAAAACUUAAAAUACGUAUAUUAAACAAUCGUCGUUAAAAUACACUCUUUAAAGAUUGUAAUCAUGUUUAUGUUUAUGAUGAUGAAAAAUGGUCUGUAGGUAAAACAAAAGAGAUGUACUAUUAUAGAACAAAUAUAAAUCAUCCAUUUUAUCAUCAUGAAGAUGCUGGCAUAGCUUAACUUUAAUAAAACUUUUCUUUGUACACUUUAGAAUUUACUUAUGAGUUCAAAUAAACUGAAAAAAUUGUAUUUUUUGCUUUAACUCGACCAUAUCCAAUCAAAAAACUUUAAAGAUUUAUUGAUUAAUGUCCAUUGCAAAGAAAAUCAGUGUGUAUCACAACUUUAGGAUUACCAAUUUGGCAAAUCAAAACUCCAAAAUAAAAUGGAUAAUAGAUAGUAGUAAUAUUGGCAAGAUAACACCCAAGUGAAACUGCUGGAUCUUUUAUAUGUUAAGAAAUUUUACGUAUUUUAUGCAAAGGACAUUCAAGUAUGUAAAAGUAUAGAUUUAUAAUCUAUCCAAUGCUAAAUCCAGAUGGAGUUUUUCUGGGGAAUUCCCGUUGUAAUUUUAAUGGUGUAGAUUUAAAUAGGUAAUAUAAAUAUAUAAUUUUAGAAAAUGGGACAAUCCAAAAUAAAAAACAGAACCUGAAGUGCAUUAUGUUUUUAAAUCAAUUUCUAAAUAUUCUAAUAUUGCUUUUAUGAUUGAUUUACAUGGUCAUUCAAAAAAGUUUAAUUAAUUUCUUUAUGGUUGUUUACAUGGAAAAAGUGUUUCAGAGUAUAUGAAGAUUAGAUAGUUUGGAAAGAUUCUAGCUCAUCAUAAUGAAAUUUUCUCAUUUAAAGUACCUUAAUAUUUAAUAGAGGGAUUGUUCAUAUGGUGUUAGUCCUGAUAGAGUUGGUACUGCUAGAGUUGCAUUAUGGAAGAGAUUGAAUAUCGCAAAUUCAAUGACAAUUGAAACAAGUAUUUAUGGUUAAAUGGGUCGGGCCUUUAGUUUGGAAGAUUAUCAUAAACUUGCUUAAAAUAUUUUGCAUGCACUUGAUCUCUAUAAUGAUUAGGUAGACUCACCUGAAUUGAAUAUUAAUAGAGAGAUGAGCAAGGCAUUAAAAUAUGAUAGUGGAAGUGAUUCUGAAGCUGAAGAAGAUUUGAUUAUACCACGACCAAAUAGAAUUAAAAUUACAUCCAGAAAAGAAUCUUCAUGUAAACAUUAAUCUGUUGGAUAUGGAAGCAUUAAACCAAAAAUAGAGACUCCCUAAUUAAUACAUCAACAUAGUUAAUUUUUUAAGGAUUAAUCUUAUGUUGAAUUAUAACCAUAGCCUUCCAAGCUUCUUAGUCAGAGUUAAAAUAAAGUUCAACUAUAGAAGAUAAGGUCUCGAAUGAACUCAUUUUAAAGCCAAUACAUAGAAGAAUAGCCUAAAUUGGGAAGUAUGAUAUCAGCUUUGCAAGUUAAAUAAUUAUUUAAAUGAAAUUAAUUCUUGCUCUUCUCAUGACAAUAGCAUAUUGUACAAAUGAUGCUAUCAAAAAAAAUGUCGAUAAUAUUAGAUAAGCAAUAAAUGCUGGCCCUAAUAAGCAUAAAGCUUAUGAUAAAUUAGCUUAUAUUGUUGAUACAUUUGGUCCUAGAAUGUGGGCAUCUCCAAGUAUGGCAUUAGCUGUUGAUUAUCUUUAUAAUUAAAUACAAAAUUGGGAAGCAACUAAAAAUGGUUUGGUGGAAGUUAGAUUAGAAAAAUUAGAUGAAAUAUCAACUUGGGUAAGAGGGAGCGAGUAAUUAAUUUUAAAGAGUCCAAGAAAAAGACCUUAAAAAUUAGGAAUGAUUGGUCUUGGUUUAAUUGUUCCAGGUAACAUAAAAGAUGGAGAAGUUGUAGUGGUUAGAAACUGGAGUGAAUUGGAUGAGAAGGGUAAAGCUAAUAAAAUUUAAGGUAAAUUCAAUAUACAAUACUUAGGAAAAAUUGUAUGCUAUAAUGUUCCAUGGACAACUUAUGAUGACUUGAAGUUUUAUAGAUAACAAGGACCUGAUAGAGCAUCUGCUUAUGGAGCUAUUGCUGUAUUAUUAAGAAGUGUUGCUUCAUUUUCAAUCUAUAGUCCACAUACAGGGAAUGUGAGAUACUCAGGUAAUUUUACAAAGAUUCCUGCCGCUGCUAUUACAGUAGAAGAUGCUGAGAUGCUUUAAAGAAUGUAAGAUAGAGGACAGAAGAUAACAGUAGAUUUAGAAUUAAAUAAUGAAAUGAAGGCUUCUGAAAGUCAUAACAUCAUUGCUGAGAUCAAAGGUUCGUAACAUCCAGAAUAAAUUAUAUUGAUGGGGGGUCAUUUUGAUUCUUGGGACACAGGAAGUUAAACUGGGGCUAUGGAUGAUGGUGCAGGAACCCUUGUUACUUUAGAAGCCCUUAAAGUAGUUGCUGAUCUUGGAAUCAGGCCUCUUAGAACUUUGAGAUGGAUUGCUUGGAGUGGUGAAGAGAUGGGACUUCCAAAUAAUGGGGCACAACAUUAUGUUAAAAAACAUGGUGAUGAAGAUCAUGUGGUAGCUCUUGAGAAUGAUGUUGGCUAAUUGACAGCUAUAGGAUUUGGUUUUUCAGGAAAACUAUAAACAAGUAGAAUGGUUAGAUAAUUGAUUAUGAACUAUAUUCCUGAUUUAUCAGUUGUUAAUGAAAAUGAUGGGUAAAAAAUUGUAGUUAUCUUUAGUUCUGGAGUUGAUACUAAACCUUUAGGUGAUAAAGGUGUUCCACUGAUGAGAAAUAUCUAUAAAGAUCCUAAUGAUGAUUAUUACUUCAAAUAUCAUCACUCUGCUGGUGAUACAAUGAAUAUAUUAAAUCCUGAUGAAAUGGAUUCCAAUGUCUUUGCUAUUAGUUCCAUGAUGUAUAUCAUUGCUGAUAAUCCUGAGAGAUUACCCAAAUGAU